CCCAGCCCACCAAGAACACGUGUAGCAACAGAACAAAGAAAUAGAUCCCGAAUGACAAUGUAAAUGACGCUGAGUGAAGAUGAAGCCGAUCAUUCGUCCUUACGAAAAAUCAGUCACACGAAAAGGGCAAAACUGAACCACUCACGAUCUAGAUCUGAAGAUGAAAAUCCGGCAAAUUAUGAUCAUAUAUAAACCGCAAGAAGUUGUAGUUCUUGUACGAUCGUCAUCAUGUGGAUCUACUACUUGUCAUCCUCGGUGCAGUCGGAACGGCCAAGAAGUUUGCACCACGAGUGAUCAUCUUCGCUAUAUAAUUUGUUUCAUAAGUUAAAUAGACUCUGUUCUUCGAUCAUUUUUGCACGAAAGCUGUGGACCUAUCGGUCAAACAAGCACACUACUCGGUAUAAAAAUUAGCAACUCAUGGUGAUGAAAUGAAGAUGAUGAGCGAGCAAGGAUAAAGUAAAGCGAU